AUGACGGCCCGGCAGUCGUCGUAUCUCCCGCCGUCUGCAGCCUCCCAGACAAUGGGUGCAGCUCGAGUCGCCGGCGCUGCCACUGCACUGCGCCUCCUCGAGUGCAAUCCGGACUCGCUGUUGUCUCGGCCGCUUGGAGGCCGAGUAUCAGCCGCCAAGCUGGCGAGGAUGCAGUACCAAGAGCGCUUGGAAGCCAAGGCCGGCGAUGCCCACGGCGAUCUGCUCGACUUUGAGGAUGGCUCAGCGGGUUCCGAGCCGGCAACAUCUUCACAGGCACCAGCUCCAUACCGGAACGAGACGCUGCCAGGCUUCGUGCCGGAGACGCUCUGGGCGGGUGACACGGUGCUCGCACGGUACGGCCCGAACGGGCGGUUUUUCCGAGCGCGUGUCGUCCGCGUCUACAGCAGCCGCGGCAGUUCUUUGGCGGAUGUCGAGUGGCUGAGAACACAGGACAGUCGAAGCGGCGACGAGUUUCUGGGCCCCCUGCAGGAUGAGCUCCUGCAUCGGAAUGGCUUGCAGGUGGGUACCGAAGUGCGAGCGCUUGCGAGCUCCGGGUCGGCCCGAAGUUCUGCGGCGGCCGGCGUGCCCGGUCCCACUGCGCCCGCCCAAGAGGGGCCACCAGCCGUUGCGGCCAUGCCGGAUCUGCUGGACUUCUCUCCCCUUGGCGAGGCGGCUCCUUCUGGUGCAGACCUCCUGGCUCCUGCAGGUGAUCCCACACCUGGCCUGCCAAGACUGGAUUUCUCAGGUGCGAGGCCCGUGGAGGCGCAGAGGCCGCCAUUGCUGAGUGGUGGUGGCUAUGGCAACGUCCCAGUGCAGGCACCUACCACAGCGAGCUCUCAAAAGCCGCAGGAAAGUUUCGACUUUGUCUCGGACCUGUUCCUGCAGGUAUCGGAUGCGCAGCCGCCUGUGCAGCAGACGGAUCGCUGA